CCGGAAGCGGCUUGUCCCUUGUUGUCCUCCGGUGUUUGGGCUCGCUGGGCAGUGGGCGGUGGGCUCUCCGCGGCUGGCGGGGUGGGGCUGGGUCCGAGGAGCGGGAGCGGGGACACUCGAGUCUAAGCCGGGACGGCGAGAUGGACAUUCUGAAGUCAGAGAUCCUUCGGAAGCGGCAGCUGGUGGAGGACAGGAACCUGUUGGUGGAAAACAAAAAAUAUUUCAAGCGUAGUGAACUUACAAAAAAAGAAGAGGAAGCAUAUUUUGAAAGAUGUGGCUACAAGAUACAGCCAAAAGAGGAGGACCAGAAACCAUUAACUUCGCCGAAUCCAGUGUUAGAACUUGAACUGGCAGAAGAAAAAUUACCCAUGACUCUUUCUAGGCAAGAGGUCAUCAGAAGAUUAAGAGAAAGAGGAGAGCCAAUCAGACUGUUUGGAGAAACUGACUAUGAUGCUUUUCAGCGUUUAAGGAAAAUAGAGAUCCUCACACCAGAAGUUAACAAGGGGUUGAGGAAUGAUCUCAAGGCCGCUUUGGAUAAGAUCGACCAGCAGUACCUCAAUGAAAUUGUGGGUGGUCAGGAACCUGGAGAAGAAGACACACAGAAUGACUUGAAGGUUCACGAAGAAAACACUACCAUCGAAGAGUUAGAGGCACUGGGGGAGUCCUUGGGGAAAGGCAAUGAUCAUAAAGACAUGGAUAUCAUCACCAAAUUCUUGAAGUUUCUUCUUGGUGUUUGGGCUAAAGAAUUGAAUGCCAGAGAAGAUUACGUGAAACGCAGUGUGCAGGGUAAACUGAACAGUGCCACUCAGAAACAGACUGAGUCCUACCUCAGACCGCUUUUCAGAAAGCUACGGAAGAGGAAUCUUCCUGCUGAUAUUAAAGAAUCAAUAACAGAUAUUAUUAAAUUCAUGUUACAGAGAGAAUAUGUGAAGGCGAACGAUGCCUAUCUUCAGAUGGCCAUAGGAAAUGCACCAUGGCCCAUUGGCGUCACUAUGGUUGGCAUCCAUGCCAGAACUGGCAGGGAAAAGAUUUUUUCUAAGCAUGUUGCACAUGUUCUAAACGAUGAAACUCAGCGGAAGUAUAUUCAGGGAUUGAAGAGGUUAAUGACCAUUUGCCAGAAGCACUUUCCUACAGACCCAUCGAAAUGUGUGGAGUACAAUGCACUGUGAGACCUGUGUGUGGUGUGUAUGUAGCAACGAGAAGCUCUCGAAGGGGUCACGGACUUGUGGAACUUCCAGCAGGGCUGAAGGGAGAGGAGAGCUGGAGCGUCCGUCUCUGAGUUCUACCUGAUGUGACUCUUGACUGGUUCCAGAACUGUUUUGGCUUCGUACCACAUCUAACUGCAAAUUGAUUUGUGCCUGGCUUUCAUUUAAUAGUUGAAAAAUUAAGUUCUGAAGACUUGGCCUCACAGUGUAAUGUGUGGGCAAUGGAAGGGAGUUUAAAAUGACCUUUCCCCAAUAGGCCUAAAAGUUGCAGCUGGAUGAUUUAAAAGAAACAUUUGAGGGCGGGCUUAAUUAUUUCAGUAAAAUAUGCUAAUUUGCAUAUUGUCUUUUAUGUAGUGUUUAUACAAAAUAUUUUUAUAUAUUUCAACUGAAAUAUGGGACAUUGAAUGAAACUUGAUAGUCCUUGAAUGUUGCUGAACCUUUUGCCGUCUUGCAAUAGAAUUAGAACGUAAAUGUUAUUACUGUUAAUGCAAACGUUAUUUUUCUUGUAUUUCAAAGCUUCCUUUUAUCUUCUAAGGAGUGCAGAUUUUCAUAUUUGUCAUUUCUCAGGACAGAUAGAAUUAACAGGAAAUCGAAGCUUGAAAAAACAAAGAUGGCAUAUCAUGCCAACAUAAAUUAAAAAAAAAAAAGCCACUCCAGCACGUCAAGGUUCAAGGUGGGGCAACGUGCCGUGAAGCCAGCAAGCGUGGGGAAAUCGUGAUGAUGGUGGUAGGCCCGCGGUGGGCAGCGGGCUGUGUUCCCAGCCACACCCUGCCCAGCACAGGAGGAGGAUGUCACUGCCCAGGGUGGUGUCCUGGGCUCUGGUCUUCCGCAAAGUGAGAACUUGUUCCAGAUCUUGCACAGUAUCACACUCGGAUCAUUGUGACCAAUCCUCAUGCUUUGGAACUUGAGAGGACUGACUCCCAAGAGUGCUGUGGGGAAGCAGGCUGUGACCUGACCAGGCGGGGUGGCAGUGCUGGUGAGAGUGGGAGCUCCAGAGGCAACUUUCUGGCUUCCGAUUUCAGCUCUGCCAUAGCUGUGACCUUGGGCACGUGGCAGUCUUUCCAAGCCUCUGCUUCCUCAUCGUAAAAUGGGAGAGGUAAUAAUACUACAUGCCUCAUGGUGUUAUUGUCGUGUUCAAGUAAAAUAGAUGGCUUAGCAUACCGCCUGGCAAAUAAGAGCGCAGGAUUUCUUUGUAGUUGUGUCAUUGUUGGUACAAGAGAGUAGCCCUGUGGUUGGUUAGGGUGGUGUGUACUCACUUGAUGAUAAUGUGAUGAUGUGGUGGCAGCAACAGCAGUAAUCAUGGAAACACUGAUUAAGCUUUUACUCUACCUGGGCUGCUCCUACUUCCAGCCAGGUCUGUGUUCUGAAGCGCCGAGGACGUGGUAGGAGCGAGAGGCUGCUGAGGAGGUCGACUCACAGUGGCUUCUGCUGGACCCUCUGGGAGGCCUCGAAAGCCGAUUCUGACCACCUGUGGUUCUUGACUGCACACGGAAUGGAUCGUUUCUGCUGGGUAUUUUCCUGGCGGUGGCUGAGGCUCACUGUCCUGAACUGAAUCGGUGUCUACUUUGUAAACCUUUUCUUAUGAUUAAAUUAGUUAGAGCUAAGGAAACUUACCAGCACAAAUGAGGGAUGGACUUCCAUAAGAUAUGGUGACGGUCUAGACUUUGUCAUGUGGUCUUAUAUGAGACUUGUUUAUAAAUACUGAGUGAAUAUUUCCCACGUUACAUUUUCUUUAUUCACAAUCAGCCCAUAGCUUGGUAGUCAGUUCAUUGCUUGCUGUCUUCCAUUUUGCUGUUAGUUAAUAUUUUACAUAAAGAAGAAACUGUGUCAUGUGGCACCAAUACCUGCUAAAAUUGAUCAGCAUAGUUAAAUGGUUUGGGGGGAAAAAUGGACACUCUACAGGGCUUUGACUAUGAGCCAUUUGGGCUGGUGUGGAGGGAAGCAGGUUUAAAGAUGUGGAUUCCCUCAAGGAAGUUUUCCUUUCCCCUGAAAUUAAAGGUCUUCAGAUGACUGCAGAUACCAUGAGGAUAUGUAGAAAAAUGACCGUGCCUAUUCUCCAAAUCAUGAAAAGUUUGGUUCUGCAAAUAUUACGUAUUUAUGUUUGUAAAACAAUAAAGACACGCCUUUUAAAAAUCAAUUGCAGUUCUGAAAUAAAUAUAUUCCUUCUUC